CACAGACAGCGCCGCCCCCCCACAACCCCCCCCUCCCGCCUCGCACGCCCUCGGAAGUGCAGGCUCGCGGCGCUGCUCUGGGGGGCUCCCCGGCACCCCAGCCUCUCGCCCCCAGCCCGCAGCACCUCCGGGCCCCCCCCCACCCUCGAGAGGUACCAGGAGUUGUCGCAGGGGGGCCUCGGGAAAUUCCCUGGACCCCUGUGCCAGGAGGUGCCCGGUGCGCCCGCCCGCCCCCCCACCCCGAGGGCGGUGCCCGGGGGCGCUGCCCCAUGGAGCGGGGAGGCGGGCGCCGUCUGCUCCCGGAGCCGUGACCCGAGUCGGAGCUGUGUGUCGCAGCCGCCCCGACCCCCGCGGAUCAUGCGCCGUCGCCCCUGGCCCGCCGGUCCCGCCGGGCUGUGAGCCCCCCACUCCUGGCCCGUGACGGCCCGCGCGCCAUGGGCAGCACCCACCCUUGCCCCUGGCUGCGGCUCCGACCUCGGCCCCAGCCGCGGCCCGCGCUCUGCGCGCUCCUGUUCUUCCUACUGCUGCUGGCUGCCGCCGUGCCCAGGUCUGCACCCAACGACAUUCUGGGCCUCCGCCUCCCCCCGGAGCCCGUGCUCAAUGCCAACACAGUGUGCCUGACAUUGCCGGGCCUGAGCAGGAGGCAGAUGGAAGUGUGUGUGCGCCACCCUGACGUGGCUGCCUCCGCCAUCCAGGGCAUCCAGAUCGCCAUCCAUGAGUGCCAGCACCAGUUCCGGGACCAGCGCUGGAACUGCUCCAGUCUGGAGACUCGCAACAAGAUCCCCUACGAGAGUCCCAUCUUCAGCAGAGGUUUUCGAGAGAGCGCUUUCGCCUACGCCAUCGCCGCCGCCGGGGUUGUGCACGCGGUGUCCAAUGCUUGCGCCCUGGGCAAACUGAGGGCGUGCGGUUGCGACGCCUCCCGGCGCGGGGACGAGGAGGCCUUCCGCAGGAAGCUGCACCGCCUGCAGCUGGACGCGCUGCAGCGCGGUAAGGGCCUGAGCCACGGGGUCCCGGAACACCCAGCCCUGCCCCCUGCCAGCCCGGGCCUGCAGGACUCCUGGGAGUGGGGCGGCUGUAGCCCCGACGUGGGCUUCGGGGAACGCUUCUCUAAGGACUUUCUGGACUCCCGGGAGCCUCACAGAGACAUCCACGCGCGCAUGAGGCUCCACAACAACCGAGUUGGGAGGCAGGCGGUGAUGGAGAACAUGCGGCGGAAGUGCAAGUGCCACGGCACGUCAGGCAGCUGCCAGCUCAAGACGUGCUGGCAGGUGACGCCGGAGUUCCGCGCCGUGGGGGCGCUGCUGCGCAGCCGCUUCCACCGCGCCACGCUCAUCCGGCCGCACAACCGCAACGGCGGCCAGCUGGAACCUGGCCCCGCGGGGGCCCCCUCGCCCGCCCCGGGCGUGCCGGGGCCGCGGCGCCGCGCCAGCCCCGCUGACCUGGUCUACUUCGAGAAGUCGCCCGACUUCUGCGAGCGCGAGCCGCGCCUGGACUCGGCGGGCACCGUGGGCCGCCUGUGCAACAAGAGCAGCGCCGGCCCCGACGGCUGCGGCAGCAUGUGCUGCGGCCGCGGCCACAACAUCCUGCGGCAGACGCGCAGCGAGCGCUGCCACUGCCGCUUCCACUGGUGCUGCUUCGUCGUCUGCGAGGAGUGCCGCAUCACCGAGUGGGUCAGCGUCUGCAAGUGA